AACUCGUACCGUAAACACUCUGCUAACUGUCGUACUUCCCCUAGCUGCAGCCCAACCUGUCACACGGCAGCUACAUUGAAAUAAGAUUUGAAAAACGCUGCUACAGAUAAAAUAAUGGCAGACGAGGAGAACUUACCGUCCGGAUGGGAGAAAAGAAUGAGCCGCAAUUCAGGCAAAGUUUACUACUUCAACCACAUUACCAAUGCGAGCCAAUGGGAACGUCCGGUGGGAGACGGCCGUGGGGAGCCAGAUAAGGUACGCUGCUCUCACCUCCUGGUGAAGCACAAUCAGUCACGUCGUCCAUCUUCUUGGCGGGAACAAAAUAUCACACGGACUAAAGACGAGGCCCUGGAACUCAUUCAGAAGUACAUAGAAGAGAUCAAGUCUGGAGAGGAGAAGUUUGAAGCCCUGGCUUCUCAGUUCAGCGACUGCAGCUCAGCGAAGAACGGUGGAGAUCUGGGAUUAUUUGGCAGAGGUCAAAUGCAGAAACCUUUUGAAGACGCCUCCUUUGCUCUCAAAGUGGGAGACAUGAGCGGUCCAGUUUUUACCGACUCUGGAGUCCACAUCAUCCUGCGUACUGGUUGAAAGGAAGAAGCCACAUACUGUACUUUCCUCUUGUGUCUUCACACACACACACACACACACACACACACACACACACACACACAGUCCAACCCAACCAGACCUGAUUUAUUUUAAUGACACACAACACCCAAUAAACAAAGCUUAAAGGCUGAAUCGCAUUGUUUUAAGUGGAAUGUUUUUGUUCCAAGCACUAUUGAACAUGUAUGAAUAAUUUAAUGACACUGAACAUCAAAGAGUAUUGCAGAUUAUUCCUGUAAGACCUCAAGCUUUUAUUAACCAUGGCAAUGCCAUUAUAUAGGAACAUGAGUGCCUGUGACUCUGUUGAAGUGAGUGGAAACAGUUUCACACGAUGUGCGAAGUUUGAGAAUGCGUCUGUAAAGGCUUGUGUUGUUGUAUGUGCAUGUCUUCAAGAGGACCAUUUUUCUGUUUGUUUUCCUGUAAACUUUAACAUUUCUACUGUAUGUGUGCCGAAGCAGUUCCUUGGCCCUGCUUUGGAAAAAUGGAUUCAGUAAAAAGAAAUACUUUUCUAGUCAUUGCAGACUUCUGCAGUUUAAAGAAAGCACUGUUUAUUCUGAGUUCUCUACAUUUAGUAUUGAUUUAAAUUUGUUGUCCUUUACAGAUAUCCAGAAACAUUAUUGGUUUUCUUAAUCCACUUUGUGUAAAAAAGUGCAUGUUUCCUCCCGCUUAGGAUAUGCAAAGAUGGCACAGUUGAAAACUUCCAGGUUUUAACAAUCACCUCUGCAGCUUUUUAAAGCAUCAACGUUCAGAUGAACUGUUACACUUUUGUGUCAUUGGUUAGAGUUUUUCUUUCAUCAAUAAAAAUAAUCUCUUUUUUUGUAAA